AUGUCGAGUGACCUGCAGGAACUGCUCGUCGAGCAAUCUGCCACGAUCGCUUCGAUCAAGCGAGUACUUUCCAAUUUUAAAAAACUUGGCAAGGCUAACGUCACCUUAUACAAGACGAAGAAUCGACUGGAAGGCCUGGAGACCUUAUGGGAGAAGUGUCAACAGCUGAACGUCCGGCUUCUCCUCGCAGCAUCACCCGAGGAACAACGAACGAACGGAUACUUCACCGCAGAGGUCUUCUUCGAGGUUGAGGACGUCUAUCACGAAGCCGCGGACUAUCUCGCUGAUGUAAUCGGUAAAUUCACUCGAUGCGAGUCGAACGCGGCUCACUCGGUAAGCGACACCUCUAUACGGGAACCCUCUAUUGCGUUGCAAUUACCUCGUAUAUCUCUGCCGAAAUUUUCCGGUAAUCUAACGGAGUGGGGAAAUUUUCGCGGAAUCUUCGAGUCGCUUGUUGCCUCUAAAGAAACGCUAUCGAACACUCAAAAAUUACAUUACCUAAAGGCGAGUGUUACGGGCGAAGCCGUGUUAUUGAUAAAUCAUAUCCAGAUAACAGACACGAGUUACGACGCUGCGUGGAAAUUACUUGUAGAUGAGUACGAUAACCAAUACGCUAUCAUCUUUGCGCACAUUCAAGCCUUUGCAGAGCUGCCGAUUAUGAAAACGGAAACUGCUGCCGAUCUUAAGAGGUUGCAAGAUGUUGUUGCCUCGUCAUUGGCUGCGUUAGAUAAUUUAGGCAGACCGGUAGAUCAAUGGGACGAUUUGUUAGUUUUUAUAAUCUCUCAAAAAUUUAGUCCACGCACGCGUAACGAAUGGAAUCUGUUACGCGGAAAAACAAGCGCUUAUCCGACUUACGAAAAUAUUCGUGAUUUCAUGACGUUGCGAAUACGAGGGUUGACGGAUCUUUAUAAAAAUAUCGAUUCUUCGCAAAAUAAAAUUAAAGGUUCUAACCGCUGCAGUUAUAAUCGCGCCUCUGUACACAGCGUGACCGCCGAUAAAUGUUUGAAUUGCCCCGGCAAUCAUCGGUUAAUGCAAUGUGAUGAUUUCAAACGUAAAUCAGUUGAACAGAGAAUUCAGCUUCUCCGAUCAAAUAAAUGUUGCUUCAAUUGUCUAAAGGUCGGCCACUUCCCUAACGAUUGUUCGAGUCAAAAACGAUGUAAUGUGUGCCGACGAGCGCAUCAUACGCUCCUACACCGGGACGUUAAUGCUCAAAAGACGAAUCGCUCCGAUAAAAAUCCACCGAAUGUACUGUUAGCUACUGCGUGGGUGAUUCUUCGCACGGUCGAAGGUCGUAAAUUUAAAAUACGUGCGUUAUUGGAUCAGGGUUCUGCCGUUAGUUUUAUUUCGGAGUCAUUAUGCCAAACGCUGCGCACGAAACGUUACCGCGCGAGAUUACUGGUACAUUGCUUUGGUGAACAAUACAGUGGCGUAGCGAAAGCGCAAGUACCGCUCAAGCUCGAGCCGUGUCAAACGCAAGGACCUUCUUUACCUCUAAAUGCGUUCGUAUAUCAAAAAAUAACGUCGUACGCGGGUUCUCGAAUAAAACCUCUCGAUUCUUGGCCUCACUUAUGUGGAUUAAAUCUCGCGGAUCCCGAUCCGUUUAGCAAUUACCCGAUUCAUCUGCUCCUCGGAGCGGACAUAUACGGCGCUUUGUUACUGCAUGACGUAAAGCAAGGCCCAAUCGGAACUCCAACGGCUCAGCUCACUAAACUAGGCUGGGUCUUAUCCGGUCCCACCGGAACUUCUACUCAAAGAACAGAAUCGGUUCAAACGCUAAAUUGCGUCCUGGACCCUCCGAUAGAUUCUCUGCUCCGUAAGUUUUGGGAGAUCGAGGAGAUUUCUUCCGACUCUCCGAUGUCGGAAGAAGAUCAAAAAUGUGAAUUGCAUUUUAAGGAAAGUCAUACGCGUGCCAACGACGGCCGUUAUAUCGUUCGGUUACCGUUCAAAACCGAUCCUCCGCUCGAAAUCGGUUCUUCAUACGAAAUUACCGCGCUUCUAUAUUCUAAAUUAGAAAAACGUCUAGAUCGAAAUUACGAUCUUGCCAAACAAUAUAACGAAUUCUUGUCGGAAUAUGAAACAAUGAGUCAUAUGGAGGCCGUUACGGAUGACGAUAAGCCACGCUUUUCUCCGGUUUAUAUCCCGCAUCAUCCGGUGCUCCGCGAGUCCAGCAGUACAACGAAACUUCGCGUCGUAUUUAACGCGUCGUGUAAAACUAGUAACGGCUCUACGUUAAAUGAUUAUCUGAUGACCGGACCUAAGUUACAACGCGAGUUAGCCUCUAUUAUCCUGCGAUGGCGACAAUUCCGCUACGUGUAUACAGCGGAUAUUGAAAAAAUGUUCCGACAGAUUCGCGUUCAUCCGGAUGAUACGGAUUUAGUACGGAUUCUCUGGCGAUCCGCAAAUGAUAAACCUAUUAAAGCCUAUCGAUUAUUAACGGUUACGUACGGCACUGCUCCUGCUCCUUAUUUAGCCAUGCGAGUUCUUAAUCAAUUGGCUCUCGAUGAAGGACAUGCAUUUCCGAAAGCUCAAUCCAUCGUUCAGGAAUUUAUAUACGUCGACGACGUGUUAUUCGGCGCCGACGACGUUCCGGAGCUCAAAGAAAGCCGCGAUCAACUUCAGUCACUAAUGUCGCGUGGCGGUUUUCACUUACGCAAAUGGGCUGCUAACGCGACCGAAUUAUUAGACGAUAUUCCGGCUGGCGAGCACGAAUUAGCUGUCGAACGAAAACUCGGUGAAGACGAUAUGUUAAAGGUACUUGGUCUCACGUGGAGACCGCAAGAAGAUUCGUUUUGUUUCCAAGUAGAUAUACCUACUGCCGACUUUAAUACUAAACGAACCAUUCUAUCAUUUAUCGCGAAAAUUUUGAUCCAUUAG